AUGCUUUUCGCUAGAUUAAUACUGUUAUUGGCGUACUUAGCACCAGGUUCUUUAGCAAAACCGGCUUCAACUAAGAAAAGAACGCAAUGGGACCAGAUAGCAAUUGACGCUUGUGCUAAAGAAUUGGAAUCGCAUAAGUUUGACACGGACGUUAAAGGUCGGCACGCUUCUCUUUGUACUUAUGAACCAGCACUAGGCUCUUGGUUACAUUGCGCGAAAGAUGUUCUCGACAGUAGAAAGAAAAAUAGAAAGAUAUUCGAAAAAACGUUUAGUAAAAUUAAUCAGUAUUGCCACGAUUAUCACAAAGAUGAGGACGUCAGUAAUGAGGAGUAUUAUCGAAUUUUAGCCAAUGCAUCCCUUUUUAUCCGGCCUCUUGAUGAGGUAAAGGAAAAUAUACGAUAUCCCGUCACUCCCGAUAAAGCCUCUCUAGAUAGGUGGGUAUGGGCCUAUUUUGGGCCCUUGGAUAAUAUAGACAAAGGAAAUGUUUAUGGAGUGACGAUUUGCUUAUACUGGAUAGGAGUUCUGUUUAUUGCAGCUGUAUAUCACUUCUUGAACUUUUCUCGACUUAAACAAACGGUGUUCAAAAACAAGGUGUCUGCUUUCUUAAGAGGCCACUAUGUUCUCCCAGCACUUGUUCAUAACCACGCUAUGUCUGUGGGAAGAUGGUUUUUCAUCGGUCUAGUCCCUACCAGGUUGGAGACGCUUGUCCUAUUCGGUUACGUUUUGUUGCACGGGUUCUUGCUGAGUAGUUACAAUUUUGACCAUAAUGAGCUGCUCAGUGAUCGCAGAAGCCAAGUACUUAUCUUCCUUUCCGACAGGGCAGGGAUCUUGGCAUUCGCGCACUUUCCUUUGAUAGUACUCUUUGGUGGUAAAAACAGCACAAUGACUUGGCUGACAGGUAUACGAUAUACCGCAUUCAUAACCUACCACAAAUGGUUAGGAAGAUUCAUGCUAAUAGAUUGUGCGAUCCAUGCAAUAGGAUACACCUACCAUGCAUACAUAGAAAAUUACUGGAAAUACGUGAAAUACAGUGAUCUAUGGACGUCCGGAAGGCAUGCCAUGAUCAUUGUUGGAGUGCUUGUGUUUUUUUCGUUCUUCUUCUUUAGACGGCAUUAUUACGAAUUAUUUGUUAUUACACACAUCAUCCUAGCAAUAGGAUUUUUCCACGCAUGCUGGAGACACUGCUAUAAACUUGGAUGGGGUGAAUGGAUAAUGGCGUGUGCACUGUUUUGGAUCGGUGACCGUUUUCUGCGGCUAAUAAAGAUUGCAAUUUUUGGAAUGCCAUGGGCUAAAUUGAAGCUGUGCGGUGAGUCCAUGAUAGAAGUGAGAGUUUCAAAAAGCUCUAAAUGGUGGAAAGCCAAGGCUGGCCAAUAUAUCUAUCUGUACUUUUUAAAACCAAAAAUAUUCUGGCAAUCACAUCCGUUCACGGUCAUGGAUUCUUUGGUUGAAGAUGGAGAGUUGGUAGUUGUGAUAACGGUCAAAAAUGGGUUGACCAAAAAAUUGCAAGAAUACCUUUUACAGAGCGACGGGUACACGGAAAUGCGAGUAUUAGCAGAAGGACCGUACGGACAAAGCACGCGAACACAUUUAUUUGAAAGCCUCCUAUUUAUUGCUGGAGGGGCGGGCGUUCCUGGACCUCUGUCGAUGGCAAUAAAGGCUGGUCGGCAGGUCAAAAGUAACGAUGCUUAUCAAACGAUCAAGUUUGUGUGGAGUGUACGGAACCUUGAACUCUUGGAAGUGUAUCACAAGGAGAUAAUGGUGCUGAAAGAGUUGAACGUAGACACAAAAAUUUGCUUUACAGGAGAGCGUAAAGAUGAAUCGAGUGUGGAAGAGGGUGCAGCUGCUAAUAUGAAUACGGAAGGCAGGCUGCUGACGACAUCGAAAUCAGCGGAAAUUAUUACUGAUUUUGGACGACCAAAUAUCGAUGAAGCAAUUGAAGAUGCAGUAAGUGGCGCGAAAUCGUUACUGGUCACCUGUUGCGGAUCAGAAGGGUUUGUGGACAAGACGAGAGAGUUGACAGCAAAAAAAGUUCUUGAAAAUGGUGACAAAUGGAUAGAAUACGUAGAAGAGUUCCAAAACUGGUAG